CCAACUCCUCAAGCCUUGCUGUCCUGCACUCCCACUCUGUUCAAAAUGGCCUGGGAUUAUUUUGGAUUCUCUCGCACCUCAGGAAACACAGAAAACGUAUCCCCCACGGUGGUCCUCAACAAUGCCGCCGACAUCUCCGUUAUUGUCAUUUACUUUUUGGUUGUCUUGGCUGUGGGAGUAUGGGCUAUGGUCCGGACCAAUCGGUCCACUGUGGGUGGCUUCUUCCUCGCAGGGAGGAGUAUGGUGUGGUGGCCGAUCGGUGCAUCACUCUUUGCCAGCAACAUCGGCAGCGGCCACUUUGUAGGGAUCGCCGGUACCGCUGCGGCUGCUGGAUUAGCCAUUGGUGGUUUUGAAUGGAAUGCUCUUAUUGUUGUCGUCAUUCUAGGAUGGCUCUUUGUGCCAAUCUACAUCAAAGCCGGGGUGGUCACCAUGCCUGAGUACCUGAAAAAGAGGUUCGGAGGACAACGAAUUCGCAUCUAUCUCUCUGUGCUCUCCCUCUUCCUUUACGUCUUCACAAAGAUCUCGGCCGACAUGUUCUCUGGUGCCAUUUUCAUCCAGCAGGCUCUUGGGCUGAAUAUCUACGUUGCUGUUAUCGCACUACUGGCGAUUACUGCGCUGUACACUGUCACAGGUGGAUUGGCUGCAGUGAUAUACACAGACACCUUACAGACUAUCAUCAUGGUUAUUGGAUCCUUCAUUCUCAUGGGUUUUGCUUUUAAUGAAGUGGGGGGCUACGAAAAGUUCCAGGAAGGCUACAUGAACGCAAUUCCCUCAAUCACCGGUAACAUCAGCGCCGAGUGCUACCAGCCUCGGUCCGACGCCUUCCACAUUUUCAGGGAUCCGAUAACUGGAGACUUACCUUGGCCAGGCCUGGUGUUUGGACUCACCAUUCAGGCCACCUGGUACUGGUGCACAGAUCAGGUCAUUGUCCAGCGCUGCCUCUCAGCCAAGAAUCUCUCUCAUGUUAAAGGAGGUUGUAUUUUGUGUGGCUACCUGAAGCUGUUGCCCAUGUUUCUCAUGGUUUUUCCUGGGAUGAUAAGCAGGAUCUUGUAUGCUGAUGUGGUAGCAUGUGUGGACCCGGAAGAAUGUCAAAAAUACUGUGGAGCUAGUGUGGGAUGCACCAACAUUGCCUAUCCCAAACUGGUCGUGGAUCUUAUGCCCAACGGUCUGAGGGGUUUGAUGCUGUCGGUGAUGCUGGCCUCUCUAAUGAGCUCGCUUACCUCAAUAUUUAACAGUGCCAGUACUCUCUUCACCAUGGACAUCUAUACUAAGAUCCGUCCUCGUGCCAAAGAGAGGGAACUGAUGAUUGCUGGCAGGGUGUUUAUUGUGUUCCUGAUUGGUGUGAGCAUAGCCUGGAUCCCUGUGGUGCAGUCGGCCCAGAGUGGUCAGCUCUUUGACUACAUCCAGUCAAUCACCAGCUAUCUCACUCCACCUGUGGCUGCUGUCUUCAUGCUGGCCAUCUUUUGCAAAAGAGUUAAUGAAUCGGGUGCCUUUUAUGGACUCACAAUUGGACUGGUAAUAGGACUGUCCAGGAUGAUUACAGAGUUUAUCUACGGGACAGGAAGCUGCGUUGAGCCUAGUAACUGUCCAACCAUCAUCUGUGGAGUGCACUACCUCUACUUUGGGAUGAUUCUGUUUGUCAUCUCUUGCAUCAUCAUAGUCGGAGUCUCCCUAAUCACCAAGCCUAUCGACGACAAGCAUCUGUACCGAUUGUGCUGGAGUCUGAGGAACCGUACAGAGGAAAGAGUGGACAUUGAACCGGAUGACUGGGUUGAUGAUGACGACAGCAACGAACUGGAAGUAGAAGAAGAUGAGAAGGAACCGGGCUUCUGCAAGAAAGCAUUAAUGUGCUUCUGUGGACUGGAGCAAAAGAAAGCCCCGAAACUGAGCAAAGAGGAGGAGGCAGAGCUGAAGAGGCAGCUCACAGAUACAUCAGAGAAGCCUCUCUGGAGGAACAUUGUCAAUGCGAACGCCAUUAUUCUCCUGUGCGUGGCUGUGUUCUUUCAUGGAUACUUCGGUUAGACAAACCCCAUCAAGAUUAAGCAAUCCUGGAUACUGUAAUUUAUAUUUAAGCCUCAAGGUUUUGUAUGGAUUUAAAAUAUGACCAAACCAUUAGCACUUAACCCCGGGAAUAGUAUACUGCAAUCUCCUAACGGUACUUUAUUAUUCCUCCUGUGCAAUUUGAUCUCACACAGGACACAAACUAUAUUUUUCUCCAAGCCUUUACCAUAUAAGUGAACUUUUCCUGGUAUGUUUCGCCUGAAGUAAACCAGUAAACCACAGAGUAACAUAUUAACGCAUCAAACUUGUUAGGAGGCCUAAAUACUCACACAUUUGUUCUCACUUCCGCGUAUCACAUUUGUAGAUAUUCCUGGAUGAACUGAACACAUUCUUGUUUGUGUGUCAUUUUGUUGUUUAUGUAAAAAAGAGAGUAGUGCUGUUGUUGAGAACAGCUCAUAACUGUGUCUUCAGUUUUGCUUCUUUUUAUCUUCACAUGAAGGUUACGCAUAAAAUAAUGCAAGUGAAAAUUUAGGAUUUUGUUUAAAAUCAAGAUUUGUAUUGUAAUAUUGCACACGUACACCUGAUGGUAAUUCUUUCUAACUACAGUGCCUUAUCUCUGAUGACAAAAAAACAUAAACACUUCUUUAUUUUCAUAAGUUUACAUACAAUUGUUGUAUUUUUUUGCCUAAGGCUGCAUUAAGUCAUUGUGAAAAAGGAACAACAAGACAAAAAAAAAACAUAAUAUCUAGAAAAAGCUUGUAAUAUUUAACUAGUGAAGGACAAACAAGAUGGUUGUAAAAUUCCCUCAGUAUGGGUGGGUGUGCUACCUCAUUCAUCAGCUUCAGCUGGGUUUCCUCAUUAUGUGUGUUUCAAGUCCAUGAGUGUGAUAACUUCUUACAUCCAUGCUUACAACCUAACUGCGUGUUGUUUUAGGUGUUAAUGAAUAAAGCUAUCUCAGGGAAAGAGGGUUAGGAAUUACUCGAAGCACUCAAACGCUCUUUUUGCCUCCACCUAGAGGUCUAAAAUCAUUUGUAAGCAAAAAUUUAAAAUACAUUUUCUCUGUCUGUUUUGCACUAAAAUUUCUGCCUAGGUAAUAGUAACUUAAGUUAAAAAACAAAAACAAAAAGAACUUUUAUCCGGAAAAAAAUAAAUGCAUACUUGCUUCAUUUUUAUGUCAAAAUGACAUUUUAUGUCUCUUGGAAUAAGAUACAAGGCAUUAUCUUGUUUUUAUAAGUGACUCUCUGGUUAAUGUACACUUAUUAAAUGAUACCAGGAUG